ACAAAGACAUGAAAGAGUGUAACUUUAAAUGAGAGGGCAUGUGUUACAAUUGUUGAUUUUCGCUUUAAAGAAAUUACAAAAGUUGAAUGAUUCAUCUAUAAAUUAUUGUCGGAGAGCAGUUAGUUACUCUCAAAUAUGUUAUAACACCAAGUAAAAGAUCAGGCUGAAUCGCAUUUUCAGUAGUAUGCAUAGGCUUUCAAUUUCUCACGACUUUUGUUAAGCUCGUAAGGGCCACUUGAAGAAAAAGGAGCAAACUGUAGUCGUAAAAUGAAAGGCUGGUCAAACGGCGGAAAAGAUCUUGAAUCACACAUUUUAACAUGGUCCGUUAUCUAGACCAGUUGCAGAUUGUACUUCUGCCUAACCGAAAUACGGGGCCAAAUUUAUACAGAGUACAUUUUUCUACAGUUCGAAUCGCCUUGCAGCUUUUUAAAGGUUUGUUUAUCGUGUCCAACGUGACGUUAUUCUAAUUUCCUGAAGUCUGAAGGGAAAAAAGUUGUCAACGCCGUUUUGGGUGACGUCAAAUCCGAUAACUCCCGCACGUGUCAGGACCACCGGAUUUGUCUCAUGUCUAUGUUAUCCUUCAGAGUCGUCUAAUUGCUUUACCGGAUCGUUUUUUGUUUUGUUUAGAAGGAUCUUUCCACUGGUUUUAAACGGCCCAACUGGAACAAGAACGAAUUCUAGGCUUCCCAGUCGGUGGUAGCGCGUAAUUGUUCUUUACAUGGUUAUUCACACGAGUGAAGUCCACGGAAACACAAUUACAAUGGAUUAGUUUUCUUGACAACGGAAAAAUAAUCACUUGUGACGUCACUCGCACCUUCAAGUGACAAGAUUCCGAGAGCUUUCGGAAGAAGUGGGCCGUGUACGCGCAACAAGUUGUGAGCACGGGUUGUGAGUUGAAAGAACUUAAAACUUACUACGGAAACUUUGUAAAUCACUGCAUAGUUGAUCGGGACUCAAGUUGACCUGGAAUAGUUUCUUCGAAGAAUUAAUUAGCACCGAAGACAAGUACAUCGUUCACAGGUCGUCAGCUUCAGCUUCUCUGGUAAAGCACAACAACAUGGGAAAUGCUUGUAGCGGUUUGCCUCCUGACUGUGAAAUAAUCGUCAAGACAGGCGAUGUGAAAGGUGCAGGAACGGACGCUAAUGUCUACUGCGCUAUAUACAACGAAGACAAGACCCGCUCGCGUGACUUAAACCUUGACUGCAAAUGGAAGAACGAUUUCGAAAAGGGCUCCGUGGACCAUUUCAAAGUUCACUGCGGCCUUCCUCCUGGCCCACUGCACAAAAUUGAAAUCUGGAGAGAUGACAGUGGCAUCGGCGACGACUGGUUCGUCGAGUGGAUCAAAGUGAAAAAGCUUAAUCCUCCGGACAGCGACGAGGUUAUCUUUCCGUGCAAUCGAUGGGUUAAGGCUGAACGAAGGCUUACUUUGACUCCGUACGACUGUGUUUUGCCACAGUUUGACGAAAAUCCGGAACAACGAAAGCAGGAAUUGGAAGAUAAAAGAGACCUUUAUCGUUUGUCUCGUAAAGCUCCAGGUAUUCCGAAACAGGUUGAAAGUUGUCCAAGGGACGAGAGUUUCAGCAAUGACUACAAGUGGAACAUUCAGCAGACCAAGUAUAAACUGGCUGUGAAAUGUAAGCUGGCAAAGCUGACAUCAGAUCCAUGGGAAACUUUAGAUGACUUCAGCAAUCUCUACAAAGGAAGUCUCAACAUGCCUUAUGGUUAUUUCAACUGGAAAGAAGAUUCCAACUUUGGUCGUCAGAGGGUUCAAGGGUGCAAUCCUACCCUUCUCAGACUUUGCACUGAAAUUCCAGAAAAUUUUAAGGUCACAGCUGAGAUGGUUGAACCUUUUCUGGAAGGGAUGACACUCGAAGAUGCAAUGAAAAACAAGAAAAUCUACAUUGUGAACUUGAAAAAACUAAGUGAUGUCAUGUGUAGAUUCAACAGAGUGAUCUGCAAGCCUAUGGCUUUAUUCUUUGCAAAUGACAGGAAGGAGUUAAUGCCCAUUGCAAUCCAGCUGUUCCAGAAGCCGGCAGAUGAUAAUCCAGUUUUUGUACCAAGUGAUCCUAAAUAUACCUGGAUGUUGGCCAAGAUGUAUUACAACAAUGCUGAUGCCGCAUUCCACCAAUCCUGCACUCAUCUUGGCUUCACCCAUUUGGUAGCUGAAACAAUGUGCGUGNUAUCCAACAAGUUAUUAUGUUUAUUUCUAAUUUAUAUCAACUUACUUUUCAGUUGGUAUAACUGGAGGAUGGAUGUAGAUGGAUGGUUGCCUUCUGAUUUGGCCCAAAGGGGGGUUGAUGAUGUGGAAGCCUUUCCAAACUACCCCUACAGAGAUGACGCACUGCUCAUUUUUGAAGCCAUUCAUACCUAUGUCCGUGAAGUAUUGGAAGCCUUUUAUGAUACACCAGAGAAGUUGACAGAAGAUUGGGAAAUCCAGAAUUGGGGACAUAUGUUGGCUGAUCCUGAAGACGGUUUGGGAAUUAAGGGAGUAUUUGGAGACGGCAAGUUUACAGUAUUAGAGGAUUUGAUCAAAGCUGUGACCUCGAUUAUCUUCAUCAGUAGUGUGGGACACUCUGCAGCAAAUUUUGCUCAGUAUGACGAAUACGCCUUCCCACCCAACUAUCCCGCUUUCCUGCGGGGAAAACCUCCGACAAACAAGGAACCCCUGAUGGAGAAAGACAUCAUCAACUCUCUUCCAGUGAAAGAUAUGACAUUGGACAUCAUUCUUGUGACGAAAAUCCUCAGCGAUCGUGGCACAAAUGCCCUGGGUGACUUUGAAGUGCAGUACAUGUACGAUCCAAGAGGAACUAAACCUGUUGAAAAGUUAAAGAAGCGUUUAUUGGAAGUGAGUGACAUCAUAGCCGAGAGGAACAAGAGUCGGCCAUUUCCUUAUCCAUACCUGGACCCUAAAGAAGUACCCAAUGCAAUCAGUAUCUGAAUAAUGCACCCCACGACACGGAGAAAACUGGGGACGAUUGCCAACACAAGGGAUUCGUUACCAGGACUCAUUGCUUGAAUAAGGACUACGCUGCGAAAUAAACAACAAUGACAUUGCUAUAGAACGUGACUUUUCGUGACAACAAAGUGUGAAUUCUUGUUCAUAUUCAGUGCAUGUAGCAGCUCUCGUAAGGUCUCACAUGAAUGGCUCGAUAUCCUUAAGGGAAUAAUAAAACAAACAACAGAAACAAUGCCCCCUAGCCCUAAAACAAUAACAGCUUACGAGGGCUGCUACUUCUGUAUUCAACAUUUUUUAAGGUGAUGAAAGCCUGAUUUUAGUACCAUUAUCCAAGUAUGGAAAUUAUUUAUAGGUUAAUAAUGUUUACAGCUCUCGGUUAUUUCGUCCAUGUAAACGUUUUAUUAAUCAGACUAACUGGUCGAACCUAAAUUUAACACUAGAUCUCACUGUUUUGAAGACGGUUUCUGAACAAAAGAGGAGUAUUCUUUCGACGAAUUUUGAAAGUCGAUCAAUUUUACUUUUGUGGAGCUUGAUCCGUUUCCAAUUUUCACGAUUUCAGUGACACAGUCGCUAGAUUAGCGCCGUUGGAACAGCAGAAGACAGCUCCUAUGAAACUUGAGCAAAUUUUGUAAAAAUCAUAACCAAACGUUUUUGUAAGUUUAUAUGAGUGAUAGAGGUGAGGAAUUCAAUUUAGCACUUAUUAGAGCGGUUUUCGCUUGAGGGUCGGAAAUAUUUGGCUUUCACCUUCUGCGCCUCACGCCUGGCUUACAUGUGAAAAAACUCGCGCCAUUUUUUCAUCCAAUCUUUGCAGAAAUUGAAUUUGUUGAAGUACAACCAAAACUAAUUGUGACGCGUUCGCAUACAUUUUCCCGCGCUUCGAGUCAGCAACAUGUAAUUACUUCGAGUUUUGAUUGGUUGAUUGGAUUGUCUGUGUCCUUUGUGAUUGGCUAGAGUAAUCACUUUGGUUUUGGUGUUACGACACUCCAUUGAAAACCAUUCUAUUUACCGUUUACGUAUUUUUCACGGUGUUGCAAUUCAGUUAGUGCUAACACUAAGACUCUUUUAUAAAGAAUCGACAAAUAAACUAGAUAACAGGUUUACCUGUAAGCAGGCAUUUUCAGUGUAACUGCUUAAUUUCAGAUAAACAGAUAUUUAUUUUGUACACUUGGAGAGAAAUCUCCUUAUCAUACGUCCAGUAAAAAGUUAGUUUAGUGGCGUGCAAGUACACAGUUAAUCUUAAUUUCAUUGUAACGAAAAAAAAAAAAAACAUUGGGCGAAAGAGCUCGUGCACUUUAAGUAUUUACCUGAUUCUGCUUCGAGUCAAAGUUUGACGUUAAGAAACGCAGUAUGUGACUAUUCAAACGAAAUCUACUGAGCAGUACGUUUUGUUUGGCAAAAUGGAACAGGGCUUAUUUUAAUAAGACAUCUUGAUUCUCUUGGGAGUGGAAAGGUUGCUGAUUAGCUCGUGAAAGUUGUCCAUUAAAGAGAUCAGAUGGCUACCUGCA